AUGGCGGUCAUCAUCCAAGGCAACUUGGGUAGGAGCAGCCUUGCCGCUGAUCUGCUGACUCAAAUAGCGGCAGAGCAUAAGGCUGAUCUGCUCAUUAUCUCGGAGCAAUAUUGCGGUAUGGGUGGAGGAAGCUGGUUUGACGAUAAUACUGGUACGGCUGCAAUCUGGGUGAAAAAUUCAUCCAUGUUCCCAGUAGCUGAGACGAGCAAGGGCGAUGGCUAUGUCUGGGUUAGGAGUGGAUUUAUCACAUAUAUAAGUGUGUACCUCUCGCCCAACGGGGGAAUUGAUGAGUUCUGUAGGAAACUCGAUGGUCUGGAGGAUGCAAUUCAGGAGUUGGACGGAGAGGUCAUUGUUGCAGGUGACUUUAAUGCUAAAGCACUUGAUUGGGGCAUGUCUUGGACAUGCAACCGGGGACAUAGGGUGGUUGAGAUGUUGUCGAGGCUGGAUCUAACGAUCCUAAACUCGGGUACGGUCCCAACAUUUAGGCGUUGUGGCUGUCGUGGAACCAUAAUUGACAUCACGCUUGCAUCUUCUGGUGCAGCUGCUUCAGUACAUGGUUGGCAUGUCCUUGAGGAGCUUUCUGGUAGCGAUCACCAGUAUAUCAAGUUUGUGGUUGGGUCAAAUUCGGAAGUAAGACGCAGUCUUGUUGAUUCUGGGAGGAUCAGGGGGUGGAACAUUGCUAAGCUUAGCCGACCUGCGGUUCUUGAAGUGCUGGCCAGUGCAGGUGGUCUCGCUAUUGAGGCUGUGCGCCCCAAUAAAACUACUAGGAGGCAAGCGAAAUAUAUUGUUGAAAGGUCUAUGUGCCUAAUCAAGAAGGCAUGUGACAGGUCAAUGAGAUCGGAUUCUGCAGUGCUCCGGGCGAGUCCGGUCCGUCCGUGCAUUCCGGGACCGGUUAAACGAAGGCUGGGCCCCAGGGAACUGGGGUAG